AUGUCACAGCCAAAGCCUGCUGAUGGCAUGCUUCAAGUGCGUUUGCUGACUGGCGACCUGGUGCUUCAAGUGGCCGAUCCGUGGCCUGUUGAAGAACAUGCAGGAGUUGUCAGCAUGAUCAAGAAGCUCAUCCGGGACAAGAUAGCGAUUUCCACAUUUCGCCAGCAGUUGGUGUGCGAUAGCAGCAUUGUGUCGGAUGACACCUCGUGGACAUCCUUAGGGAAGCCUCUGCACUUAAACCUCGUCGUCAUACAGCAAGAGACAACCAACGAGCAUCAGAAGUUAAUGCUCCAGGCUGCUGUUAACGGUGACCUCGAUAUGAUGUUGCCAGCCAUUCGUAGUGGACAAGACCCGGAUAGUGUGGACCGCUUUUGCCGCUCUGCAGCGUGGCAUGCCGCAGCAGCAGCUCGGCAGUGCACCAAGGCAUUUUGUGACAACGUUUUUAGUUGGGAUAGUCCACAUGUUCGCACAGUCUUGCAAACUGGUGAUCUUCACAACAAGGAAGGGCAUGUACAUGUCCUGGAUGUCCUUUACGAUGCUUGCGCGAAUAUCGAAUUGGGCGGUCUCCACGAUGAGACUCCCCUACAUUCCGCAUCCAUGGCAGGACAUGCAGAUGUCGUGCAGUUCUUGCUAUCUAAGCGGGCGGGCAUCGAUAGGAGGAGCCGGGACGGUCGUAGCGCUCUCUAUGUUGCCGUCGAGCAUCAACGGCUGGAAGUGGUCGACUGCCUGUUGAGAUCUGCAGCAGAUGUGAACACCCGGCGAGAUCGUGAAAGGACGGCUUUGAUGUGUGCAGUCGAAGCAGGUCACCUGGGAAUUGCAGAUUUGCUCCUUUCUAGUGACGCGGAUCCGCAGCUCCUCUUCAGUGGUUGGACGGCCUUGAGCUUCGCUGCCCAACGGGGGCACCUGGAGCUAGUCCGGCGGCUGCUUGACGGUAGUGUGCGCCCAGAUGCCGGCACGCACGACCGAUGGUCACCGCUGUUCCUGGCUGUAAGCACUGGACACUCUGACGUCGCGAGAUUAUUGAUUGAAAGGAGUGCAGAUUUAGACAGGCAGGACGAUGAUGGAUGGACCCCGCUUCUUCUGGCGGCUGGUGAAGGCGACUAUGAGCUGGUGGAACUCCUGGUGAACGCGACAGCAAACCCGCAUCAUGCGAGCGACAGCGGCGUGACCCCAUUGAGCUUGGCAGCUCAGAGAAACCACCCACGGGUUCGCAGGUUUCUGGCGGAUGCCACACUGCCUCGGGAGGGCGAAGUGCCCAUGGAACUUGAACGGCGUGAUUCGGAUAUUUCUGAUGACCGGACCUCUAGUGAUUCUGCAACUGAUACACAGUGCAAAAAAGAGCCCCAGUUGAGGGGCGCAUACUGUAGACUUACCCCAUCUUGCCAUGUGCACCAUCUCAUGCCAGCUGAGUAA